GGGCAGUAGCUACCCGCCACCAGACGACAUCCGCGUGACCUUUUAACUAGGACCUGCACUUGUUGCCCUGCGCUUACCUUCCCCUGUGCAUGCCUUAUCGAUAAGGAUUGGGGGAAAAGUUAAGGGAACCUAAACCAACCCAGCUAGUGAAUCCGUCCGAGGGGGAGAUUUGGGUGAAGGAAGCUGUCUGGGACUGGUUCCUUCGUUAAGAUCAGGGUCGACGCACAAAUCCCUCUCGACGCCAACCUCACCAACGCCCUCCGCCAACAUAUAUCCACCGCCUUAUCUACAUAGGGGCCUUUCUUGGCGACCUGCGAUAUUUCCAGAGCUUUAAGCGAACCCAAUUCCCACCACCAGCUCUGUCUGCACGACCCACAACGCAUCUAUCGCGGUGCAUCCCGAUCCCGUCAACGACUUGGCAUCCAGGCGUUGUGAAGCACCCGGCACCAUGGAGUUCAUCGGCUUGCAAAUGAUGGUGACGCUAAGGCAGCCUUCCGGAACGAUGCUGAAGGGCACCGUGAGCGCCAUACAGGCUGGCAACAGCCUCACGCUCAGCAACGUCUUUACCCUUGGAACGAACCACUGGAUGCCCAGAGUCGUCAUUGAUGCUGCCAACAUCCUCGAACUUUCAGAAUUCAAGGAGGAGGCCGCGCCCAACACCUUUACUGCGCCAGGUCUUAGUCCCGUUCCCGCUCCCGUCAUCACCCAACCCGCGCAACCGGCCUUCACGGAUCCUGCGAUCCUGAGUAUGGGAAAUCGCCCUGGCUCCGAUAUGAGAAGCGGAAGCGAGAAGCAGACUCUACCAGAAGUUAUGCCUCAGACCACUGCUGCCGAAACCAAGGAUCCACGGCCUGGGCAGCCGGGGGUUCUCUCUGCUGUGCACCUCAUGGGGGGCUCUCGAGACGAUGUAGUGAGUCUUAGCGAGACUUUGCAGGAAUUGGACGUGGAGGAGCAUACCCCUACUGCGAGGCAAUAUGCGGCGGAGAGCAGCGGAGUGCCGCAGGACGCCCACGAGGUCCAGGGCCAGCCGCAAAAGAAGAAGAACCGGCGGCGAGAGAAGCAACGAGCUCCACGGAAUAGCACGGCAGACGAAACCAUCCCGGAAAUCACUCCGAUGCGCGGCAACGCAGCAACCCGUGGGAAGGGGUGGAGACAAACGCCCAUGCUGCAGAGCUCGCCCUCAUUUCAGCCCUUCAACUCGUUGAAGCGCGGCAUUAAGGGGAAGAAGGACCUUCCUGAGAAUGGCUGGGCUUCUGAAGAUGUCACAGAAGAGAUGGCCGAGUUCGACUUUGAGAACAACCUAGCCAAGUUCGACAAGCGCACCAUCUUCGACCAGAUGCGUAAGGAAGAUCUGAUCGACGAGGCAGACCGCUUGGUAUCGCACAACCGCCGACCCAAGCCUGGAACUGCCGGAGGCAAAAACUUUCACUACUCGGAGAAUGUGCUCGAGAUGCCAUCUGUGUCAUCAAACGCGCAUCAGGACUUCUGGAACAGCGAGGCUGACGAUGCCGCCAACGGAGUUGAUCGACUGAGCGGGCGUGACGUCCGGAGUGCGCAGAGUAGCCGUAGGGCGGACAGCAAAUCAGGGGCGACUAAGAGAUCGCAGUCGCGGAAGGCAAGUGCGCAACUCAACAGCCAGCCCCUGAAUCGCGUCAACUCCAACCACAUUACGCAGCCAGGCUUCUAUCUUGUGCCGUCAAACCGACGCCUUGAAACCGUUUCGGCUCUUCAGAUGCUCAACCUGGAGAACAUUGCGGCCAAUGAGAUUGGACUCACGGAAGACAUGAUGGCCGAGAAUGCAGGCCGAGGUCUCGCUGAAGUAACACUGCGGGCGCUUGAAGACCCCGCGAUACAGGUCCGGUUUGGCACUGGUGGCGCCAAUGCUCAAAACAACAGCUUGGCGGCGUCUGCUACAAUCGUUAUUCUCGCCGGCAACAACAAGUCCGGCAUAAGAGCCAUCUCAGCAGCCCGGCAUCUGCGGAACAAGGGCCUCAAUAUACUCGUGUGCGUCGUCGGCAUCGAGCGCGAGCGUGACUUGCUGGAAGACAUGCGACAACAAAUCAGAAUCUUCCGGAACUUUGGGGGCCGCGUGCACAAUAAGCUCGAACUAUUCGAACAGCUCCGAAAGACAGCCUCAACCCCAGCGACAUCAGUGUCCCUCAUCAUAGAUGCUCUCCUGGGCUUGGCGAUUUCAUUCGAAGAGCUGCGGACCGGGGACCAAGCUACCGUGUAUGAAUUGAUAGAAUGGGCCAACCGUAACGAGGCCUUCGUUCUCGCAGUCGAUGUGCCAACUGGUAUCGACCCAUCGACCGGAAAAGUCAGCAUUAUCGAUGGUGGUCGUCUCUACGUAAAGCCUCGUUACGUGGUGGCGAUGGGCGCCCCGAAGAAGGGACUGCUUGAAGCAAUGGCUCCUGUUUCGGACUCGGAUCCUACUGGCGCCGAGACCGCCGCUGCCGAGGAGGAAGACUGGAAGUUGUUUAUUGCUGACAUGGGUCUUGGCGCUACGGUGUGGAAGAAGGCCGGAACCAAGAUCAGAAGAGGUAUCGAUUUUGAUGAUAAAUGGGUUCUGCAGAUGCGAUACCAACCGGCGCACUCACAGGACUAAGAAUCGUUCACCAUGAUGGAAAUAGGCGCCCGGGAAAAGAAAAGGAGCAAAAACGGAGUUGGUUUGGGAAACGGGCGAAAAGAGAAAAGCGAGGUUUUAUUUCUACUGCAUCACUUAGGCGUUCUUGUCGCUCAACAAUCGGAAGACGGCAUAUGGGGAACAGG